ACUGCCAGUCAGUCUCUCCCUCUUCCCCAUGUAACCUUCCCACUCCACUCCACUCCAAUGGGAAUAUCACACCUAAUUCGUUCUUCUCUGAUCCCCAUACACCUCUUUUAAUACCCCAUUUUUCACUCUGCAUAACAUAAUGGAGUCUCUUUUUUAACUUAAGUUUUUCUGUCUUUCACUUUUCUUAAACCCUUCAUUUUUCUCAGCCUUUUCUCCUUUAAAAGGGUUUUUGAUAAACGAUGAGUACUCGUUCUACUCGACCCACUUAUCUCCCUCCGCAUUUACGAGUCCAAAACCCACGUUCCAAGGACAUAAACCCAUAUAAUGUAUUAGAAAAGUUUGAGAAACUGGAGAUAAUGGAAGAUGCAUAUGAUGAUGUUCCUGUGGAUGUUAGUGGGACUGGUAAUGUUCCAAAACCAGUGUCAUCAUUUUCUGAAAUGUGUUUUAGCAAAGAGUUGAAUGACAAUAUUAAGAGAUGCAAGUAUUUGAACCCCACACCUAUACAGCGUUAUGCAAUACCAGUGGCAAUGGGUGGUAGAGACAUAAUGGCAUGUGCUCAAACUGGUUCAGGGAAAACUGCUGCAUUUUGUUUUCCUAUUAUUAGUGGCAUUUUGAAGGAAAAGACUAAAAGGGGUUGUUGUCAAAGACAGUUUGGGGUUGCUUUACCACUUGCUCUCAUACUCUCUCCUACUAGGGAGUUGGCUUCUCAGAUACAUGAAGAGGCAAAGAAGUUCUCAUACUUGACAGGAUUGAAGGUUGUGGUUGUAUAUGGAGGAGCACCCAUAAUUCCUCAGUUACGCAAUCUGGAAAAGGGUGUUGACAUUUUAGUUGCCACCCCUGGGCGCUUGGUGGAUAUGAUUGAGAAAUCAAGAGUUUCCUUACAAGCAGUGAAAUAUUUGGUCUUAGAUGAAGCUGAUCGGAUGCUUGAUAUGGGCUUUGAGCCCCAAGUUCGUAAGAUUGUCCAGAAAAUGAAGAUGCCCCCACCUGGUAGAAGGCAGACAAUGCUUUUUAGUGCAACAUUUCCAACUGAGAUACAGAGGCUUGCAUCAGAUUUUCUUUCAAACUACAUCUUCUUGGCAGCUGGAAAAGUUGGGUCCAGCACUAAUCUAAUAGUUCAAAGAGUUGAGUUUGUCCCUGAUAUGGACAAGAAGGAUCAUUUAAUAGAUCUUCUUCAUGCUCAAUAUCCAAAUCAAACAGAUGCGAAGCAGCUGCCUUUGACUCUAAUAUUUGUGGAGACCAAAAGAGGGGCAGAUGCAUUAGAACGUUGGUUGGUCAAGAGUGGUUUCCCAUCCAUUGCCAUUCAUGGUGAUAAAGUGCAAUUUGAGAGAGAGCGAGCACUAAAAUCAUUCAAAAGUGGACAUACUCCAGUUUUAGUUGCAACUGAUGUAGCUGCUCGGGGUCUGGAUGUUCCGAAUGUUGCUCAUGUCAUAAAUUUUGACUUGCCAAGGAACAUAGAUGACUAUGUGCACAGAAUUGGACGAACAGGCCGUGCUGGUAAAUCUGGACUGGCAACUGCAUUUUUCAGUGACAAGAAUGUACCUUUGGCAAAGGAUCUUGUUGAAUUGAUGCAGGGGGCAAAUCAAGAAAUUCCUGACUGGCUGAGUGAAUAUGCCGAAAGCAGUGAUGGUGCUAGAACAAGCAGUAUGUUUGGGGGCUAUGACUACAGGGGUACUUCCUUCCAUAGUGGGAGUGACAACAACACUAGCCAGUUUGUUGAUACCGAAGAUGCUACUCAUUAUGCUAGUGCUUUCACCUACGGUGCUCCUUUCGCUGCUGGUUGUUAUGGUACUUCUCAAGUGGACUCCUUUCCUGCUGCUCCAUACAGUUACAGUUUUGAUUAUGGACCUGUUACUGCUAGUGGAUGGGAUUGAAAAUUCCGGGCAACACUAGUGACAGUUGUGGUAACUUUUGGUAGUUAAUUUCUAAUCGUGUAGAAUGGCAGAUGUAGUGACAUACUAGUUCAUGUUGAAUUCAGGUUCAUACAGGCUGAACAGGGAUGCAUAUACUGUCUCGGAUUGAUCGUCUUACUUAUACUUUUGGGAUCAUCUAAUGCUGAUAUGUAAUUCGGUCACUUGCUGGAUAUAUUUAAGGUGGAAAUUUUAUGUAUUUCAAACUCUGUUCUGUUAGCUUUGGUUAUGUCAUGGGCCAUAA